AAGUGUGGGGAAUCAACAGAAAGUGAAACCCCACGUACCAAGAAACCUAAUACGCCAUUUUCGUUCGCAAUUCGAUCAAAAUGCAACCCACAACCUCAACCCUCCACUUGUAGAUUCAACGAAGAUCUCAAUUCCCCCACUCGAAUUCUAUUUUUUAACUGAUCGAUCUUGCGAGGGCGUAUAAGAUCGAAAUGCAGAGGAUCCCUGAUCACUAUGGCAGUUGAUCUCUCUUCCUUUUCACUUCAUAAAGACCCUUCACCAAACCUCACCAUCCUAACUCACACGCAUCCAGUUUCCGAUUCAGGGGGCGACGGAGUUUCAGAGAGAAAAAAAGUAUGGCGAGGCAGGAUAUUGAGAGCAGGGAAGUGGCUGGGGGAGUAGCGAAGAACAGAGGAAGUACUAGCUUUUCCUCUUCCUCUUAUGUGAUUGAAGAUACCGAAACCCAAUGGACUUCAUGGCUUGUUCCUAUGUUUGUUGUGGCUAAUAUUGCUGUGUUCGUUGUGGUUAUGUAUAUCAAUAAUUGCCCCAAGCACAAUGAUGGUCUCCAGGGGAAGUGUGUGGCAAGGUUUCUAGAGAGGUUUUCUUUUCAGCCUUUGAGGGAAAAUCCUCUCUUCGGCCCUUCUGCUGCCACAUUGGAGAAGAUGGGAGCUCUAGAGUCAACUAAAGUUGUGAAUAAACAUCAAGCAUGGAGGUUGAUUACCUGUAUCUGGUUACAUGCCGGUGUCUUUCAUCUCAUUGCUAACAUGCUAUGUCUGGUCUUUAUUGGCAUUCGCCUUGAGCAGCAAUUCGGGUUUGUGCGAAUUGGAGUUAUUUACGUGGUCUCAGGAUUAGGAGGGAGUGUACUGUCUUCUUUGUUCAUUCAGAACAACAUCUCUGUGGGUGCUUCUGGUGCUCUUUUCGGUCUUCUUGGAGCAAUGCUUUCAGAACUGUUCACAAACUGGACUAUCUAUACCAACAAGGCUGCAGCAUUGAUCACACUUCUGGUUAUUAUUGCCAUUAAUCUCGGGAUUGGAAUUCUGCCACAUGUUAAUAACUUUGCCCACGUUGGCGGAUUUUUUACUGGAUUUCUACUUGGAUUCGUGUUGCUUCCCCGUCCCAAGUAUGGAUGGUUAGAGCAACGGAAUCUUCCCGGUGGUGGAGUUGGUCUGAGGUCCAAAUACAACACUUACCAAUAUCUUCUGUGGAUUGUUUCAGCAGUUCUACUGAUUGCAGGGUUCACCGUUGCGCUGGUGAUGCUGUUCCGUGGGGAAAAUGCGAACAGUCGCUGCCAUUGGUGCCACUAUUUGAACUGUGUUCCCACUUCAAGAUGGAAAUGUGAUUAGCAAUAUCUUUAGAGAGAUUUCAUCAUUUGGAGAAUUAAAUUUCUCCUGUAAUUGUGCAGUUCAUUAGAAAUAUAUAGUCAGCACGUACAGUUUCUAGUUGCUUAGAUGAACAAUGGUAAUGGUGCUAUAUGGAAGCAUACGCUAUUGUUUAUGGGUUGUGUUCUCAUCA